UACAGUUCAGUUUUUCUUGGCUACUCAGUGGCGACGGUUCGGCAACGGGGAAAAAAAUCUUAUAAACAAUAAAAGUUUCAACGGAAAAACGGUGUACGACCAACUGUGGCCCGGUGCGCGACUAAUAGACACUAGCAACAAUAACACCAACAAUAUUAAAACACCGUACAACAACAACAUUGCCGCCGACGACCGAACCCGCUAUCAUAGAAUAAUAACAACAACAACAUACAUACAGUACGGUAUAUACGAAACGAACGACAAACACUCGCACACACACACAUACAUACAGACAUACAGAGAUAAUAUAGAUAUAUGAAUACAUCAGCGCGCGCACACAGCCAUACGCCGUGUUUUAUAUAUAGAAAAUUUACGCACAGCUGAAAAAUUUCGUUUUUAGUGAAACGGUGAAUUUCGGUGCGGUUUUUCAUAUGUUCACGUAUCGUGUAGAAUUUUCAUUGUGAACAACGCUGUUGGGAAAAUGUGUGUUCGAGUUCAUAUAUAAUAUAAUUGUGCAAUAGCAGUUGAAAAUACGAAAAUUAUAUAGAAAGAUCAGAUAAAUAUAUAUAUAUAUAUAUAUAUGUAUAUAAAUUAUUGAGAUAUGCUAUGUGGCAAAGUGCGUUGUUGUGUUAAAAAAUCUGGGUAUGUCAAAGUUUAAAUGUAGCUGCUGUUCCUGCACCAUUUAGCCCCGCUGCUGUUGCUGUUGCUGUCUCACGACCUGUUGUUGUUGUUGCUGCUGCUGUAAUCCGUCGUUCGUUUCGUCAACACUUCAUUUUUCGGGACUCCACCCAGUUUUGUGGUCAACGAAAUCAUAUACAAAAUAGGAAAAUCAAGAAGACACUGUGGAUGUGGAAGAAGAAGCAGGAAAAACAGUACAAGCAUCAGUAGGAGCUAAGAAAGCAUCCGCCAAUAUAGUCAAUAGCAUAAGCCAACACAUUGCGUCUGGCUAAAAGGGCUAAUGAGGCCAUAACUAAACACAUACACUUACAUAUAAAUAUAUGUAUGUGCACAUAUGUAUGCAUAAAUCGCUAUAGGCGCUGUGGUACGUGUGCGCGCGUGUGUGAGUGUAUAUAUACAGUUAAGCAGUUAAUAAGAUUAGUGUUGCAGAAAAUCUUAAAGAAGCCAGUAAAUAUUUUAUACGUUUAAACUCCUUCGAAUUUUUUUUCGAAAAAAAAAAACAAAAAAGUGUACUUACAUACAUACACACAUUACAAAAAAAAAAAUAUAUAUAUAUAAAAUACAUAUAUACGUGGUACAACAGUGUAGCGCAUAUAAAUAAAGUGGCAGAAUAGUGUGUGUGUCGUGUCGUACAUAUUUGAACUUGUGUAGCCGCGCCGUUCGCGACGCCCCGCCGCGCCGCUCGCCAUAGCAGGGAAAAUGCUAGAAAAAUGCCCAAGAUGCUUACAUGCGACAAGUUGAUGACACAUUUUACUGUCAUUGUGACCGCAUUCCUGCUACUCCAUUGCAUUGGUUUUGCACCGUUAACGCCGCAAACGUUGCGCGCCGUUGAGGCCACUCCCGAGGAUGAAGCCGUUGGUAAAUGGGCAAUGCAGUUUGGCGAUGAAUUGUGGGAAUUAGCGCAACGUAUGACCAAAUCUCAAGAGAUUAAAGCGAAAUACAAAGAAUACAAUGCACGCGUCGAAUUAAAAAAUGGCACCGAACUCAUUAAAUCCAUCACAGCGAAUGUUGGACGCAUGUUUUCGCGUAAAAUGGAUGCGGUACGUUGUAUACAACAAAAAGCCGAGGCAGUCAAUGAAGAAUUCGUAUUUAAUUACACAUAUGCGGUGGACAAUUACCAGUACUAUUCGAGUAAAUUUUCACAAUUCGAAGGCGUGCGUGCGGAGGAGCUGCUGGAUGGUAUGAUGGAAUACGAGGGAACGUAUCUAAACUUUACGCUAAAUCCGGAUACACACUUUUAUAAUAUAUCUGUUGAUACAGAACACAGUUCCGUCCAUGUACCAUCUAAUAUAUUUGAUUUAGGUAAAGAAGUGUUGAAGACAAUUAUGUGGUCUGAAACGCUGGAUGAUGUUUUCAAACAAAACUACAAAUCAGAUCCCGCGUUGUCAUGGCAAUAUUUCGGCUCCGACACUGGCAUACUACGCCAUUACCCCGGCCUACAAUGGCAGAGGCGUGGCAAUCCGGAAAAUGCCGACACCUACGAUUGCCGCAAACGUUCGUGGUAUAUUGAGACUGCCACCUGCUCCAAAGAUAUUGUCAUACUAUUGGACAAUUCUGGUUCGAUGACCGGUUUCCGCAAUCAUGUUGCCAAAUUUACAAUACGCAGUAUUUUGGAUACUUUCUCGAAUAAUGAUUUUUUUACGAUUUUCAAUUACUCCGCCACUGUCGAUGAUAUAAUACCAUGCUUCACGGAUGCCCUGGUUCAAGCGACACCCGAGAAUAUCAAUGUAUUCAAUGAUGCCAUUGAAAAGAUCAAACCCGAGGGUUAUGCGAAUCUUUCGUUGGCAUAUGAGAAGGCAUUUCAGCUAUUGAAAAGAUACUAUAUCGAACGGCGUUGCAACGAAACGUCCACCUGCAAUCAAGCCAUAAUGGUUGUCACCGAUGGUGUGGCUGGCAAUACCACCGAAAUUUUCGAAAAAUAUAAUUGGGGCAAUGGCGAGAAUGGCACUAUGAAUAUGAAUAUACGCAUAUUUACCUAUUUGCUGGGGAAGGAAGUGACCAAAGUGCGUGAGAUACAGUGGAUGGCAUGCUUGAAUCGUGGCUACUAUUCACAUGUGCAGACGUUGGAUGAGGUACACGAGGAGGUGUUGAAGUAUGUCGAUGUGAUAGCCACGCCGUUGGUGUUGCAAAAUGAGGAACACCCGCCGACAUGGACGCAUUCGUUUACGGAUCGAACGUACGAGCCACGCGCAAACGACACUGGCACACGUCUUAUGAUCGCUGUCGGCGUACCAGCCUUUGAUCGUUCGUACCGCAAUGAGAAUUCCUCGAAACGAGCACGUCUGCUGGGGGUUGCAGGCACGGAUGUGCCGGUGGAGGAUAUUGAUAAACUAACGCUGCCUUAUAAGCUUGGCGUAAAUGGUUAUUCAUUUGUGGUUUCCAAUAACGGUUAUAUGCUACUGCAUCCAGAUUUACGUCCGAUUUCGAAAACUGGAAUGCUCAAUCCCAAUUACAACAGUAUAGAUUUCACAGAAGUGGAGCAUCUUUAUGAGGAUUUGGAACCACGACAACCGGGUGAGUCCAUACUGCAACUACGUAGCGCCAUGGUGCAAUACCAAUCGGGUGAAUUUAAGGAUAUAAGUGUAAAGUUUCACUAUGACAAUAUGCGUCGUGUGUCCGAAGAGAAGCAAGAUUACUUCUUUGCGCCACUACCGAAUACACCAUUCUCUUUGGGCAUUGUAUUGCCAACGGAAUAUGGUAAGACCUGGAUUAAGGUGGGUGAAGAGGUGAUGAAGAACAAGCAUAUGAAAGUGAAUAUAUCGGACUAUUUUGUCGGUGACAACUGGAAAGUGCAUCCCGCUUGGGUUUAUUGCAAGUACCACUACCUGGAAGGACAUGAGUUCAAAACGCCUGAAGCUGAGUUACGACAUUUUCUUGCAAAGAUGCUACAAAACGAUUGGAAGUGGUCCGAACAAUAUGAAGAAGACGACUCGGAUCAGCCGUCUGAUGACACGGGCGAAAUAAAUUGUGGCCGCAUAACGCUCGACGACGAUGCCUACUACUGCAACAAGGAGCUCGUGCAACUACUCAUCUUCGAUGCGAAAGUUACGAACUCCAGUUACGGUGAGUGGAAAUUCGCAAAUGAUGAGGAACGUAGCUUGGUAGAGAGCUUUGGCGGUACAUUGCGAUUUGUGGCCACCAUGAGCGGCUUGACACGUUGGCAAUUCAUUUACGGCGAGGUUGAAGUGGAAAACGAUCGCGAAUUCGGCGAUUAUCAUACGACAGCGAUUGAUGAGACCUGGUAUAAGAGCGCCAUAUUGCAGCAUCAUCAAGAGCGCACCGAAAGCUUCGUUUACAUGGUUAAACAUGCCAGUGAUCCAAUGGAAAAUAACGAAUUGAUGGUUACCGCUUCGCAUGCGAUAUUUCCACGCGAUGGUGGUAGAGAGGCGCCCGCAUGUGUUGUCGGUUUUCAGUUUUCACAUGCGCUUAUGAUGGAUCGAUUCUUCAAUAUCACUUCGAUAGAUAAUUGCAAUGGUUGCAUAAAGACCUGCACGAGCGACGAAAUCGAUUGCUACGUCAUAGACAAUAAUGCAUACAUUGUGAUAGCGCAAAAGGUCAAUCAUACUGGGAAAUUCUUUGGCGAAUACCAAGGUGACGUUAUGGCCGCAAUGGUGGAGAAGGGCUUCUUUCAAGCCAUCAAUGUUUACGACUAUCAGGCGCUUUGUCGGGAGGAUGGUGACGAUUCCAGCGAUGCGCAAGCUCUACUGCACCCAAUCAGAUUGUUGAGCAUAGGCUGGCGUUGGUUGGUCGCACAGCUCUUCUGGCAAUAUGCGCGCAUCAAAUGGUGGGUGGACGGCGCGCCAUUCUUGGAGUAUUCGGACGAAAUCGACGACGAUUACGAGGCUGUGCCGGAUGCUUAUCCACGUCCACAGCAAAAAGCCAAAGACAUCAGCGACGAUGGGAAAUUAUUAUUUGAGAAAAAGAAACCCGAUCCGGUCUAUACACCUUGCGAUACGCGUUCAACACUCUAUGUACUGCAACCGAACUCGCUCGAAGAUGUAAACGAUUAUAUAAAAGUGCCAUAUGCUCGACCGUUUCAUUUAAAGAAAAUACCGAAUACCAAUCUUUUGUUGGUGGUGGUAAAUGUUUUGAUGCCAUCGAAAGGUAUGCGUCUGAGCACGGAACCCGAACGUUUAGAAUAUGAUUUAGAAUUUCCAUGUUAUAAAUUAAAUAUGAGCUUUUACGAGCGACGGCGUCUGGAAGAAUGUUUCACCCAGCAUCCGGAGGAGGAAAAAUAUACAUAUUGCGGCGAUGCGACAGCGCUGCGAUUGGACAUUGUAAAUCUAUUGACGGCCGUAUUUAUAUUUUUAUUAACGCGCUAUUUACGCACUUAAAUGUUUGUAAACAUUUAUUUACUUUUUUUACACUAUCGAGCGAAAGUAUGUAACUAAAUACAAAAAUAAUUUUUUUAUCGAAAAACAACAACAACAACAACAAUGGCAACAGUAAACAAAUAAGAAUAAGAAAAAAUUUUACAUUACAUUGUCACCAGAUAAUUUAGCACAAUCCUCUUUACUGUAUUGACUAUAAAUGCUCCUAGCGUUCUCUCUUAUGUGAAACACCAUGUAGACUUAUAAACGGAAACGCCAAAGUAAACAACAAAGACAUUACUAAAGAAAAAUUAUAAUUGAGACUAUUGAGAAAAAAUUAAAACAAAAAAAUUACUAGCUAAAAUGUUUAAUUUUUCUUUUUUUUUUUGUACUGUAUACACUUGUCUUGUACUUAUGUAUGUAUUGUAUGUAUGUAUGACUGUAGGACUAAAUACUUGAAACCGAAGUUAACUUUUCAUCUUCUGCUUUCCGACGAUAAUCAAGUUUUUAACUGACGAAACACAAAUAAAAAACAACAAAAGUAAUUAAAAAAGCAAAUAAAAAGAAUUUUAGUAUAUCUUUUGGUACCACAAAACACAAGAAGGGGAGAGAAGGAGAGAAACACACACUUUCACAUACUCACACACACACGCACACUUAAAAUGUAAAAUUUAUACAUAUAGACAUAAUAAAAAUCACUUAUGAUAUGUGCUACAACUACAACAACAACAUAAACACACAUUUUGUUUGAGACAAUGAACAACAACAAAAAAAACGUAUUUGCCAAAACCGAAAAAAAAAAAUUAUUAUAACAAAACAGAAAAAAACUAAAGAAAUUAUAUAAAUAUAAAUCUACUUGGUUAAAUUUUGAUAGAAUUUUAUAACCGUUAUGUACGUACCCCCUAGUCGAAUUCGUUGAUUAAUGAGGCUUAGCCUUCAAGUUAACAGCUAAAAUCAAAACAAAAACAAAAACAAAUGUUAAAUUUAAAUUAGUUAAAUUGGUGGUAUACUAAAUGAAUGGAGGCGACUAAGCAUAGUUAAGUGAAAGAUAAUACUUAUUAUACUACUUUGUUACUGUUAAUUUAUAGCGUAAAUACUUGCCUACAUACAUAUGUAUAUGUACUAUAUGCGACUAUAUAUUUGUGUAUCUUUAUGUGUUAUUGUACAAUACUUAUGUAUAUUUAAAAUUUAUAUUUGAAAUGUAAACAAGAACAAAUCUUUUAUAAUUUAUAUAUACCAUAUAUGUAUGUGUAUUGUAAAUCGAAACAUGUGUCUAGUACCACCAAACAACAAACCGAGACCUGCCUAUUUUUGCAUCCAUUAUAAUUUUAAACAACAUAAUAGAGCAUUGAGGCGCACAUUAUAGCUCUUACUAUUCGUUAGCAGGAGUAAGGGCGAGAAUUGCAAUUUGAGGUUAUGUGAUGAUUAUGAGUAGAGAUUUUUCGAAAAAUUCUUGAUUUUUUUAAGGCUCGAGAUCACUCAGCGAUGAUAUUUUGUGAAUGCUAAUAUUUUGAAAUCAACGAAUUCAAAUAAAAUUCAAUCGGGCCUGAUGAUGCCUGAUACACCAAAGAAUGACUAUCAAUAUAGUAGGUAGAAAGUAAAGAAAUUUAGGAAUUCCGUACUACUUCUUUUGCGCAAACAGCUAACCUUCCUAUCAACCCUCUAAAUUUCGGAGGUGAAAGAUCGUGAAAUUAUACGAUUACCCAAAGAAUAUAUUGUCUAGAUUGAGCUUUCAUAAUUGAAGAUAGUUUAUGGAUAUCCAAAAUUCUUAUAUUUUCAGUUUACGGUAGCAAUCUCUAGGAAAAGUAUAAAAGAAUACAUCAUUUUUUAGAAUUCUUGCAAAAACUUGCUUUAGAUAGAAUUUGGAAUUACAAAAUAUGAAAGCGAGCUUCCUUAUUUUUAAAGCAAUAUGAUUGCAAGAGAAUAUAUGGCGGCGAACAGUGCUUCCGUUACUACUUUACUAUAAAAUAAAUAAUAGGAUAACCAUUCAUAAAAACUUCUGUAUGAGAGCUUCUAAGCAUAAACGAACUGAUUCGUGGGACUUAUGCCGAAUGAAGACGAAGGUUGUCGAGAAUACCUUACAUGAAUUAGUUUAGCUUACACUAUAAUCCUGGAUCUAUUUCAAACGAAAUCAACAAAAAGAAAAUCAAGUGUUUUCUUAUUAUAUGGAUAUGUUUAGAGUAUCAAAAUUGAACACCUUAUUCGGAACGCGUUGUUAGGUUAGAUAAAGGGGUAGACCUCCGCAGCUGCAGAGAGUCUCACUUAGACAGCAUCGACUGGCCUUUGGGACACCAAUUUACUCCUGAUGGAUUACCAAGAUCCUUAUGGUUCGACAAAUCGCUUGGACUCUAUUAUAAAGUUCUUAAGUCGGCUAAUGUCAAUUCCAGUCAAUUCACUGGAUUCGUCGAAGGUGUGUCUAAGGAGGAGUUUCAGCUGCUUGGAUGACUCCUCUUCUAAGCAGCUUUGGCAACUAGCGUCUAGAAUAACUGAAUUUUAUUUGUUUGUGAGAUUUCAACAAAUUUAAAAGACGGAGUGUUGCAUGUUAAUGUAAAUUUAGUAACUGGCAGAACAAGACCUCUUUCAGAAAAAAUACCCUAACACUUCUGAUAAAAAGAACUUGUAGAACUGCCUUCCCUAAAUAAAAGCGGUUGCGGCAAAUGACUGUCAAAAAAUCCUCAUGCCCAUACAAUAACCCUACAGCGACGCUGAGCGGUUGAAAGUUCUAUUUUGACAGCGCGUUAAAAGUAAAGUUGACUGCGAAAAACAAAGUUUCUCUGUCCAAAAAAAUCACAACAACAUUUCAAGUAAACAUUUUGAUUUUUGACGUAAAGUUGUCGCUUUUAUUUAGGUAUGGCGCUCGACGUUAAUGCUGGGAUGGUAAAAAAUGUGACGUUCAACGCUUUUAUUUAGGGAAGUCAGUUAAAGGUCUGUGAUCGCUGUUAAGUCGUUUAAAGUAUUUUUUAUACAGAAGAAUAUCGAGAACAAUUCUCAAGAAAAUAGUUAUUCAGAAGACUACCGAGAAGAACACCCAUAAGAACACCAAAUAUUAUCAAAACAAGACCGUCUCACAUUUCCAAUUGCAAUUCUCAACCAGAUUAAGCACAAGUUAUUUGAAAAGCUAACAAUAUUAUAGCUAAUUGUUAGCUAAACUUCCGUUUACAUUAUUAAAUAAAAAUUUGUAAAAGUACACAAACAAAUUGCAAAAAAAGUUUACAUUACGGACACACAAAGUUGUCAAAAACACGAACAAUUUUAUUUUAAUGAAUUUUUAAAUGAAAUUUUUUUGGAAAUUUUAUGAAACUGACUAGUACUAGUUUCAUAAACAGCCACACCAAAAUCUAAAGAAAUCUAAUUAUGUAAGAUAAUUCAAAUGUAAAAAGAAAAAACAAAAAACAAACCUCAACGCUAAGCGUUGUCGGGUGUUAAAUUCUCGCAGCAACAUUGUCGUCCUACAAAACUUAAUUGAAAUAAAAAGAAAAUAUGAAAAAAUUAACAAAAACAAAAAUAUAUAUAUAUAUUGUAUAACAUUAACUGAGAAGAGAGCUGAUUAUGAUGAAUUAAUUCAACAGAUUGCCUUUAAAUUUAAAAGUAAAUUUUUAAAAUCGUAAAUUAUAUUUAUAUGAAUUUCUUACGAUCAUUAAGCGUAGUAAAAUGUGAAAGAAAUAUUUAUUUAAAAUAAAAAAAAAAUAAAAAGAAAACUAAGUAAAAAUAUAGUUAUAUGAGAGAGAGAUAAUUAAUAAAUCAAUUUUUUGAAUAUAAAAAUGAAGAUCAAAAAAUUAUUUGACCAACACUGUUAACUAAUUAGUAAAAUGCAAGUGGGAAUAGUUGGUAUAAAAAAACUUUAUGUAAAAAGAAAAACAAAUCAUAAAUUUUAUUUUAAACCAAACUCAUCAGUGUACACUAAAUAUGUAAAAUAAUAUUGAGUUUUUAUUUCAACAUUUUUUUUAAUAAUUUCUAAGCAUAAUAAAAGAACACAGAGAACUACUGUCAACUGCGACAGCAUAAACCGAUUGAAACGUUUUUAAAGAUAUAAAUAAAGAACAAGAAGAAAAUAUAAAAUUA